AUGCCUGUCAUCGAACAGCCAGGGCCUUCUAAUAACGGUCUAGCAUCUGUGGUCAGUGCGGAUGAAGAUAUGGCAGACUACGUCUACAGCGAAGUGAAAAAGAAACCGAAGCACGAAGUGACAUGUGACAACAAGCCCAUUGAAAGCGAGGAACCGAAAAUGAACCUCGUUGACAGUCAUGCCACGUACUGCGACGUGAGUGAUGUUCAGGAAAUGAACGAGUCUGACGAAAAUGGCUACCAGGAUACACCACUUGUCCAGGACGUAGAUGGAGAGGAAGCAUCACAGGGAGUAGCCAUUAGCAAUGAUGAUGAAGUACCAUCGGAUUUCAAUGUUCUUUACUCGCCGCUCAGUAUAUCCACAGCAAUAGCUAUGGUUCGUUUGGGAGCCAGAGCAGAAACCCUCACACAAGUGAAAGUGAAAAGGUGCGAAUCAUUUCUCCAAAAUUGUACCUCAUAUUUCAAUACGACGCUAGAGGGAGUUGAUUUAUUUAAGUCUGAAGAGACGAGAGAGAAAAUAAAUUCCUGGGUCAGUCGGCACACGGAACACAAAAUUCAAGGCCUUAUUCCAAAAGGUGCACUGAACAGCCUUAUAUUCAUGGUUCAAGUAAACGCCAAUUACUUCAACGGAACUGGAAGAAUCGGUUUGAAGCUAAGGUCACUCGAAUUUUGCAAUAUGCCGGAUAUGUUGCUCAAAACAAUAGAACUUCCAUACGCUGGGAACACUUUAAAUAUGUUGAUUAUUCUCCCCACGUCAUUGAAUGGUUUAGAAAAGCUGGAAAAGAGUUUAACAGUGUCAGUAAUCAAGAACGCACUGUGUAGGUUUGACAUUGACGUCAUAUUAUGA